ACCGGAGACCAACACGCAGAGAGGCGGAUGAUAACAGCAUCCAUUGCUGUUAUUCAGCCUUCACACAUCUCAAUGAACUGCUCGCAAAGAAACCACUGAUCGUGCCUACUGCUUUUUGCAGGGCAGAGAUACUGAUCAGUGUCUGAAUACUGCAUUCUUUUUUCUUAUGAGAUUAUUUUUCAUAGACUUUUUUUUAAUUUCUAGGUCUGUGUAGCCUAUUUCUUUCCAUGAUGGUGCUAGGAAAGGUAAAGAGCUUCACAGUAAGCUAUGACUGUCUCAAUGACAGCAAUGUCCCCGUUUUCUCAAGCGGGGACUCCGUCUCAGGGAGGGUGAUCAUCGAAGUCACAGGAGAAAUCCGUGUGAAAUCUCUCAAAAUCCACGCAAAAGGAUUUGCAAAAGUUCGUUGGACUGAAUCGAGAAAUGCUGGAUCCAACACUGCCUACACGCAAAACUACACAGAGGAAGUGGAAUAUCUAAAUCACAGAGACAUCUUAAUUGGGCAUGAGAGAGACGAUGACAACUCGGAGGAAGGACUCACCACUAUCCAUUCAGGAAGACAUGAGUAUGCAUUCAGCCUCGAGCUUCCACAGACACCUUUGGCUACCUCUUUUGAAGGGAAGCAUGGCAGUGUGCGUUACUGGGUAAAGGCAGAACUCCACAGGCCAUGGCUCCUACCCAUGAAGACCAAGAAGGAAUUCACAGUCUUCGAGCACAUUGACAUCAACACUCCAUUACUGCUGUCACCACAGGCAGGCACAAAAGACAAGACGCUUUGCUGUUGGUUCUGCACCUCAGGUCCUAUUUCCCUAAGUGCCAAAAUUGAAAGGAAGGGAUAUACCCCAGGAGAGUCAAUCCAGAUCUUUGCCGAGAUCGAAAACUGCUCCUCCCGCAUGGUGGUGCCAAAGGCAGCCAUCUACCAGACCCAGACCUUCUAUGCCAAAGGGAAGAUGAAGGAGGUCAAGCAGCUGGUGGCCAACCUGCGGGGAGAGUCCCUGUCCUCGGGUAAGACGGAGACCUGGAGCGGCAAGAUGCUGAAGAUCCCACCCGUCUCCCCCUCCAUCCUGGACUGCAGCAUCAUCCGAGUGGAGUAUUCUCUCAUGGUGUAUGUUGACAUCCCUGGGGCAAUAAACCUGUCCCUUAACCUGCCACUGGUCAUCGGAACCAUCCCGCUCCACCCCUUCGGCUCACGCACCUCCAGCGUCAGCAGCCAGUGCAGCAUGAGCUGGCUGGGCAUGGCUCUGCCUGAGCGGCCUGAAGCUCCUCCAAGCUAUGCAGAAAUUGUGACUGAAGAGCAGAGGCAGAGCAGCCUGGACAUCCCACCAGCCCGGGAAGAGCUCGAUGGGCCUCUCUUCGCUUACAUCCAUGAGUUCCGCUUUCAGCCCCCUCCUCUGUACUCUGAGAUCGAUCCCAACCCAGAUCAUGCCAGCCGCACAGAGGAGCGCAGGCUUGACACCUGUCCAUCACGCUGAGCGUAAUCCUGACAUUCCCCCAACCAAACUCGGGGAACUUCAAAGAAACCUGCCCGCAAGGCUCAGCUUUGUUUAGUUUUCUCCGGCAACAGCGCUACUCUACGCUGUCGACGUCGAGAGAAACCAAACAAACAAAGUAACUAACCAACCCACAAACAAAAGACUUGGACAAAUGACCACGAUGAGUUGGGUUGGACAAAAAUUCCUCCUAUUUCCCCUCAGUGAGAGAAACGGGACGUCACUAGAUUGGGGUAUCGCUUCCCUCCUGUGUCAGCCUGCCGGGGCGGGCGGGAGGGGGGGGGGAGUACACAUUUGCAGAUGAACACACAUUCAAUCUGUAAGAAAAGCCCCAGUAGUGAAGACGGCCCUGGUGAUGGUAUUGACGAUGACAAUGAAGAGUCACCAGGGCCCGGUCUGCCAAGCUCUUCUUUAACCCUUGAUUCUUCUGUACCCAUGGCACAUAAGGACAUGGCUCUUCACACAAAGAGCAGGACUAAUCAUGUCCAGACUUGAGCAGAAUCAAGCAAAGAAAAUGGGGACGAAGAAGAGAAAAAAAACGACAACAACCACAACGUUAUAACCACCAUAGUCUGUAUGAAUGAAAGUGGUCAGCAGCAGUCAACAACGGAGCCUCCUCCUGCCUCAUUUGGGAUUUUGUUUUGCACAUUUUAUUCUUUACUUGAGUUGUAUGGCUCCAUUUGAUGAGAAUUGAAAAAAAAAAUAUCACUAAUAGUUUGGUUUCAGCCUUGUAAUGCGCUGGACUAAGAAUAUGAGACUGCAGGCUUAACUCCUUAUUAGACUCUUUUAUUCGCACAACUUUGAGCAACACAGAGAACAGGAUUUGAUUUGGAAAAAAAAACAGACUGAAAAGGACAAGAACAAUGCACUGAAUUUGUUUAAGCUGUUUUUUUUUCUCCUUAUGACAUUUCCUCAAUGACUUUUAAUAACUAGACUGGACUUUUACAACUGCAGCACACUAUUUCCACCUGGAAGCUCUUUAAUAUGUUGCCUCCCCAGCUCGGAUCCAAGUGUGGCUUCCCUCUUGCGUUUAGUUCUGCUAUUCUGUGUCUGUUUUUUGUAUUUAGCUCUAAACAUAGAAUGCCUUCCAGCCAAUCUUGUUUUUUUUUUUUUUUUGUUUUUUUUUUCUGGUUUGUGUUGAUGUUGCUCUGGAUUUGGAGUAGGACGGUUGCAGACCUGCAUUUGCCACUCAAAAUUUUAGCUGAAGAGACAAAAGUCAGUAUGUGUGAGUCACAGAAAGGGUGGUAUAUAUUUUUUUUGAGGGACUUCCCUCAUUCUGAUGGCCCGCAGCCACCCUACUCCUAAUCUCAGGGCAUCUCAGGCUUACAUAACUGCCUAAAAAAAAAAGCACUGUCUCAGGUGGUCUUCUCACUUGCCAAACGGUUGGAAAAAAGAGAAAAAAAUGUUAGUUUUCUUUUGAAUUGCACUGUUUAAAGUAAUGAUUUUUUUUUUUUUUUUUUUACAAACUACCAAAACAAGAGAGCAAGGCAUCCGCAGAGAAGCAAGGCAGCUUUCUGAGACGAAUCACAUUCCCUUUUUGUCCUGCUGCACUUGCCCAAUUCAUCCAACCAACAGUUAGAUUUACCAGACCAGUGAAGCCAGAAUGCUAGAAAAAAAAAAUACAUAAACGAAGAGAAGAAAUGGUAUGACUGUGCUUCUGCAGUAUAGCAGAGCAAACCCAGCACAAAGCGUGUCAGCUGGGGAUGUUGCUAAACUUCUGUUCAGACUGGCCAGAACAAGUAGUGUUAGGUUGACAUGAGUAAUACAUUGGUUUUCUAACUCAUUCAACACAAUAGGCCAGCUGGAACAGAGGUUUAGCAUAGUCAGGCAAAAAGAUGAGUAGCACUUUUUUUUGAUAAGAAAAUAAGAAAAAAAAAACAUUCAACGGUGAAGGUCUGGGAGAAUACUUUUGGUCGUAACCAUGUUAUUACUAUAGAGAAUUUCAGUCAAGCAGUGUUGUGUAGGACAUGAAUGCAUUAUUUAAUCUUUUUAAGAUUAGUGACUUUUUUUUUUUUUUUGAAAGUUUACAUUUUAAACGUAGCUAACACAAGUUUGUAUGUGUGUUUUGUGUGUGUGCGUGUGAGAGUGUGUGUGUGUGCACGCUCUUAUAAAGAUCCAGCCGGCAACUAAAUAUACAGCUUCUGACAGUAAUCGAUGAACUGCAGAUUAUUAAAGUGAUCUUAUCUUAGUGGCCUUGACACAGAAAAGACCUGAUCAUGAUUCUUCAUUUUUCAGUGUCUGCAUUAAUUACAACCUUACUCUUGUUCUCCUCUAUUUUGUUUGUAAAUGUCUGUCUGCUUGAGACCUUUCCAUGUUUAUUCAAAGGGACAAAAAGGGAAAAGGAAAAAAGUGUUUUAAAGAAAUGAUGAUCCCUGGACAGGCCUCUUUGAUUUUUAUUUUCCCUGAAGCUGAUGAGGGUUGUUGUUUUUUUUGUUUUUUUUUUUCCGUAUAAUUUGGGGGCAUUUCUGUAGUAUUCUUCCUAGUCAAACAACAAGUGACAUUGUUGAGUUGGUCUCGCUGGCCUCUCUGAUCACACUCAGGCCUGAGGGAUAGCAGCUGUUGAUCAGCACCCUUCCCCCACUGAGAACCACUUAAUUAGCAAGAGGUAGUAGGCAAACCGCUCAGUCUAACCUUUGUUUGUGUUCGUAAUUCUUUGUUUGGAUUUUAUCUUAGGGAAUUUGCAUCAAGCUAAACUUUAAUGAAUAAGCUUACAAAUUUGUUUCAGGUUGGUCAAUUCCAUAGUCCAUUUGCUUGGGCCUCAGUAGUCCAGUGUCAAAGCUAAGCUAAACUCCUGACUCGGUGAGGGCAGGAACUGAAAUGUUCAGAAAAAAAA